AUUAGGAUGAAUACAUGCGAACUCACAGCUUUAAGCUUGCCGAGCAGUUUUUUAUGCAGGCUAAGACCAUAUGCCCUUCAGAUCCACUUGUAUACAAUGAACUCGGGGUUGUUGCUUAUCAUAUGAAAGAGUAUAAUAAAGCUGUGUGGUGGUUUGAGAAGACUUUGGCCCCCAUCCCAUCCUCAUUAAGUGAAAUGUGGGAACCGACUGUUGUCAAUCUUGCUAAUGCUUACAGGAAGUUGAAGGAUGCAAUUUCCUGCUAUGAGAGGGCACUGACAUUGUCAAAUAGAAGCUUGACCACCUAUGCAGGUCUUGCUUACACUUACCAUUUGCAGGAUAAUUUUACUGCAGCCAUUUCAUAUUAUCUUAAGUAUUUUUAUCUUCGAAUUAGGCUUUAUGGUUGAAGCCAGAUGAUCAGUUUUGCACUGAAAUGUUACACCAUGGUGUUGACUCCAAAAUCGAAUUUUGCUGAAUCAAGGUUGAUAUUUGAUUGAUUUUGAUAAUAUUAUUAUUCAGCAUGGUUAUAUGUAAUCUAUUAGCUGCAUGCCUGCCUUUAUCAGUGUUUUUGAUUUUCACUAAUGAUAGAGGUCAGGUUAUAGUUUAGUGCUUGAUUAGUUGAAAUCCAAGAGCUAAAGAGUUUUUGUAUUCCUUUGUUUCAACUGCAAUUAGAAGAAUAUUUAACAUCUAGUGAUCACUUAUUUGAAAGUUGUAGAGCAGUCAAAUAUCUUAUAUGUUGUCAAAUGAAUAUCUUCGGGAACGAGUAAUUAGAUUUAGGAUUAUUUUUAUAGCAUAGUUGGCACUAAGAAAUACCAUUUUGUGUGUUUGCUCUUAGCU